AUGGAGUUCUUCUCAAUCGCCAGCGCCUGGGAGGUCAUCAACUUCAGUCUCUUCGCCUUCACUUGCCUCUGCGACGUUACCACAAUUCUCAUCAACCCACCGUCAUACGCGCACGCUCAGCGUGUCGACUCCUCAGCGGAAUCACAAGUCUCGCGCCUCCCCCGUCUCUGCAGCACACUCUGUAGCGGCAUCGCCUUCCUCCGCUUCUCCAUUGCCAGCGCCAUCACUAUCAUCAACUCGGACGAGAGCGCAGCCCGCAGCGUCUGGAUCAUAACAUCCCUAGCCCUUGCCAUCCGUUUAGGCGCCAAGUUCGGCGAGUGGCGCCUCAAGCAUCAUAACUCAUUAUGGGAGAGUAAUUACACCUGGGCUCACGUCUCCUUGGACAUCAUUUCGGGCAUCUGCGUCUGGAUCUGGGGCAUCCCCAUGUACGUCGAAGUCACCCCGACUAUGUGGUUCGUGGACACCAUGGUGUCUCCCUUGAUGGAGCGCAUUGUCCGAUGCCGAGCCGGAAGCUCAGAGGAUAAGAUCCUGUGGAUGACUUGCUACAUUUCGGCCGCCUCCUUCUCAUUCUGUGCUUUCUGUGUAGCUGCUUACGGGCUCGUGAACGCAACGACGACACUGAGAUACUUGGAGAAUGGCACCAGGGCACAAGAACAGGCUUGGGCGCUUGCUGCGCUGCUCUUGUACAUCAAUGCCCGCAGAAUCGCUACAGAGGGCUUCCACGAGGCUACGUUUCGGGCGAAAAAGGCGCGCACUCAUGAUGAGGCCCGCGAGGAGCUUCUGGGCGCCAGAGCUUGGGAUGAAAAGACCGUCGGAAGGUUAAGAGAGAUCAAGAGCUCGGAUGAGAAGAUUGUCGUGUCGUUCGAGGAAGAAGAAGAUCUCGACGCUGUCGUGAGCGCUGUGUUGGGAACUCAGGUCGGCGCAACGGGUGGGACUGUUCUAACACCGACCGAUGGCCGCAUCCAAGUCGAACCUCUGAACGGUCGUAGGGAGCUGGAAGCUUCGAACUUCUUCAUGCACUCGCGCAUGUAA